UGCCCGGGGAGGGAGGGAGGGAGCCGCCAGGUGCACGCGCCCCCCCUCCGUUUCCAUGGACAACCCGUCCGUGAUCACCCAGGUGACCAACCCCAAAGAGGAGGAGAUCCUGUCCUGUGCCCACGAGAAAGUGUCCCAAUGUAAUAUCAGUUUGAAGAAACAGAGGAGUCGAAGUAUCUUUAGCACCUUAUUCUGCUGCUUUCGUGACUACAAUGUCGAGCCACCAUCAAGCAACAGCACCGGUACUCUCCCACCAUUGGUGGAGGAGAAUGGGGGACUUCAGAAGGGUGACCAGAUGCAGGUCAUUCCAAUCCCAAGUCCACCAGCUAAAUACCUCCUGCCAGAAUUGACAGCAUCGGACUAUGGGAAGAAAUGUGUGGUCAUUGAUUUAGAUGAAACAUUAGUGCACAGCUCAUUUAAGCCAAUUAACAACGCGGAUUUCAUUGUCCCUGUUGAAAUUGAUGGAACCAUACAUCAGGUUUAUGUAUUGAAACGACCGCAUGUGGAUGAGUUUCUCCAGAGAAUGGGAGAACUCUUUGAAUGUGUACUCUUCACAGCCAGUCUAGCCAAGUAUGCAGACCCAGUAGCAGACUUGCUGGACCGCUGGGGUGUAUUCAGGGCCAGACUCUUCAGAGAAUCCUGUGUUUUCCACAGAGGAAAUUAUGUGAAGGAUCUGAGUCGACUGGGACGUGAGCUGAGUAAAGUUAUUAUAGUAGAUAAUUCUCCUGCAUCUUAUAUCUUCCAUCCUGAAAAUGCAGUGCCUGUGCAGUCCUGGUUUGAUGACAUGACAGACACAGAACUGCUAGAUCUUAUUCCUUUCUUUGAAGGACUAAGCAAAGAAGAAGAAGUUUACAGUAUGCUUCACAAACUUUGCAACAGGUAGCCCUUAACUCUGACUGCUGCUGCUAGGUUGCAGUUGCUACAGGCCGUAGCCAUCUUUCACAGCUCUUUCAAAUGUAAGCUCUGGGGAGGCCCCUCCUGUCAGAAGUGCUACUCUUGAUCUUCCUGUUACAUUGUACACGAAGGACAAUCAUGAGUGAUGCUAUUAAGCCUUCAGAAACCUGACUCCUAAGGUCAUGUGUUCAGACUACUUUUUUUUAGGGAAAAAAAAAAGAAAAAAAAAGAAGCUAUUUUAAAUGGGACUCUUUUAAUGAAUUUCAUAAAUGGACACAUUUUACUGGAUCAGCUUUUCUUAAAACAUGCCAAAAAGAAGCUUGUAUUUCAGCAGUCGAAUUUCUCUCCCUUCCCCCUCCCACUAUGCAGACAGUUUUACCCCCUGCUUAGAGCAGUUGACCUGACUCUGAAUUCUUUUCUUACAGAAUGAAGUGCCUUUUUGAAUGUUAUUUUAAGAUUAAAAAAAAAAUCAUUUUUGUAUAAGGCGUAUUUCCAGACAUCUUUUAGUCUUGUAUUGUCUAAAAUGCUUUAAAAGGAAAAAGGAAAAAAAAUUAUAGAGCACUGUAAUAUAUGGUAACAAAGGAAAAAAGCUGAAACCAAGAUGCUGGGUUCCUGUCUCCAUGUUGAAGUUGAGUUGUAUUACAUUUUGUCAUGCUUGGAAGGUCUAGGAGCUUGUAUGAGGGGGGUAACUUUGGUUACAUGUUUGUUGGCAUGGUUUUACUCAAUUUGGGCACCGUUUGAACAUAUCUGCAGUUGUUAUGUGUUGGGAAUCAAUGGGGUUGGGGGAAAAUAUGGUGGCAAAUUAGAUCUGAAGCACCUUUUAUUCUAGACAGACCAAGUUCUACUGUCUCUGCUUACGCACAACUGCCAUGCCUCUCUCUUUUGAUCACCACAAUGAGAAACCCUUUAUCUCGGGAGGGAAGGCAAAGAUCUAUUUAUUAAUCUAAAAUUGUUAUCUUACAAAAACCCAUUUGGGUAAGCUGGAUCUGUAUUGAGCUGUUCAGAGUAUUUUUUUUUUCCUUGCUGCUACUGUAUACUCACCAAAUGGAGUUGACCAUCGGCUGUUAUACUGUUCUUUGCCGCUGUGCCUGUGCCAUGAAAACAUUUUGCUAUAAGCUGCAAACUUGGGCAAUAAAUGAAAAGCAGAUCCUAUUAUCCAUCCUCAUGUAUUAAACCUGGGGUAUCUGAUAUGGCAGAUAGCUCUGAUAAAGGUGACCUGCAAGGGAUUUAAAAUUUAAAAAGUAUUACAUUCACAUCCCUUUUUUGUUCUUUUAUGAUAUAUGUGAGUAUAUGUCAUAAAAAAGCAAUGAUCAGUUUUCAGAGUAGAUUUUUUUCCUCUUUUUUUUUUUUUUUUUUUCCUUUUUCCUGUGAAAAUGUAAGGAAUGUCAACUUUUUUCCCAUUGAAACCAAGAAAACUUACUGAGGAUCCCAUAUACCUAUUGGGAACAAUAUCCUCUUGCUGAAAGGGCUGGAGGUGUUAUUCACACAGAAUUUUACUCUUACAUAUUCCUUAGGUAAUGGAGUCAAAUAACUGUUAAGCUAGACUUUGAUAUUGUUUUUAACAUUCUAAAAAUACCCCUUUCUCGGUCUACUUGACUGUCACCCUUUUGUGGUGUUUUAAGCACACUCAUGUUCCAUUCAUUCGGAUUAGACGAAGCCUGCAUUUCUAAUGUAAAAUGUAUGCUUUUUUAACCCUUUCAGGUACUUUGAGGCAAAAAAGCAUGAUCCUUUUUUCCUUUCCAAUGUCAUCUUCUAACCAUUUUUGCACCAGUAGAAAUAUUCAGUCAUACAAAUUAUAGCCAUAUUUGGCAGGCAUCACAGUUAAACUGAAUAGUUGGUGCUUUAAUAGCCUACUGUCAAAUACAGAAUGGUCGAUACUAUUUGCCUUUUUCCUGGUAUGGCCAGUAGGAGUUACGAGAAACUGACCUGGAUUGUAGUCCUUGACUAAAACAUUUACUAAGCAGCUUAAUAAAUUCAUCCAGAAAAGGGUAGGCCAGCCUACGUAGGCUUGGAAUAGAUUAUCACAGGUGCAGGAUGACUGAGAGGAGACUUGUCUGCUUGCAGCGCAGCUCUGCACUGAGUACUUGCCAUGUGUGAUAGUGAGGGAAUUCAAAGCAGUAUCAUGACAUUUGUGAGUCUGUACAGCAACACCUUUUUGUUCUUUUUCUCUAUUGACAUUUCCCUAGUACUGUAUAUUUCUGUGCCAGGACAAAAGAUAAGUUCUGACAACUUAGAGAAAAAAAAAUCUAGAUUGUUUAAAAGGACGUAUGGAUUCUGGUUAGUCCAUUAAGUUUUGCAUUCGAUCUAAGAUUCUUUAAUUUUGUAUUUGAAUACAGAGUAAUGAAAUCAUAAACUGCCAAAAAGUUGUUCUCUGAGCAGUAUUUUUAACUGUAUUUAUGGUCUCCAUGCUCCAAAUACAGUCUGCAGGGAAGUAUUCAGGUUGUAUUUUAUUGUGCAGGUAUGAUAGGAAUGGAUAAAAAAAAAAAA